AUGGCAGACCUCAACGACUCCCCACUCGUCAAGCGCCUCGCCGUCCCGGGCGUCUGCCUCCUGAUCGCCUUCCUCGGAUACUCCUCCCAGGUCCUCUUCCACCUCGCCGACGACUCCCUGCCCCCCGGCCGCCUGUCCCCGACCGAGUCCUACGUCUUCAACGCCUUGCUCCUCUGCCUGUGGUACACCUACUACAAGUCCUGCACCGUCGACCCCGGCCGCUACGCCUUUCCCGACGAGGUCAUCGAGGUCCCCGAGCCCGACGACGACGAGUACGGCCUCCUGCGCCGCUGGUGCAAGAAGUGCUCCGCCCCGAAACCGCCGCGCGCACACCACUGCCGCUCGUGCGGCAGGUGCGUCGUGAAGAUGGAUCACCAUUGCCCCUGGACCUCGAACUGCGUCUCGAUGCGGACCUUCCCGCACUUCGUCCGCUUCCUCCUCUACACGAACCUCUCCCUCUGGGCCCUCGCCCGCCUCCUCUUCCUCCGCUUCGCCGACCUCUGGGCCAACCGCGCCCUGCCCUCCUACCUGGGCCCUUCCCUCCCCGCCCUCGUCCACCUGACGCUGCUCUCCCUCGUCUGCUUCUUCACCUCCCUCGCCCUCUUCAUCCUCUUCUUCUCCACCCUCCGCGGCUGGGUCCUGAACGAGACCAUGAUCGAGGGCUGGGAGCUCGACCGCCACACGGCCCUCUGCGAGCGCUCCUCCGGGCGCAACGGGCACAAUAACGAUGGCGACUUCUGGUCCGUCACGGGGCCCGACGGGAGGAAGCUGCGGCUGGAGAAGGUCGAGUUCCCCUACGACGUCGGCAUCUUCGACAACCUCGCGCAGGCCAUGGGCACGCGCAACGUCCUGAUGUGGUUCUUCCCCUUCGCGGGCAACCCGGAGAUCGGCGAGGGCGGGAGGGGCGUCGGCUGGGAGUGGCCCGAGAACGGGCUGAACCGGAAGGAGGGCAUGUGGCCGCCGCCGGACCCGGACAAGAUGCGCCGGGGGCUCGGCGGGUGGCCCGGCGCUGCUGCGAGGGGCGCGGAGGGCAUCAGGGUGCCGCGGUACGCGAGCAAGGAGGAGGAGUUGGAGGCGUUCAAGUCGAGGCAGGAUGCCGACAGGAGGCGGUGGCAGGGGGAGAGGUCGAGGCUGAUGGCGGAGCUGGAGGAGGAGGAUUACGACGUCAUUUCCGAUGAGUCUGACGGUGGCUAUGAGCGAGGUGCCGACGGCGAACCGGGGUGGACGAACGCUGAUGGUGAAAGGCUACAAGACUACGGGGUCGACGAGGACGAGGACAUGACUGAUGACGAAGACGUCCCUCUCGCCGAGCUGUUACGCCGGAGAAAGGUCCUGAGCAAGGACGGGGAGGCAUAA